AUGGAGUUAUUUGUUUCGGAGAGUGAUUUGUUGCUGGUGCUGAACGCAUCAAAGUGUGAGGACGAAGACAAUCUUAAACAAGCAUGUGAUCUCUACAUUGCCUUUGCUUCUAAAUUUAUGAACCUGAGAAAUCAAGUUCAAAAUAAUUCAUCUCUCAACGCUCAACAUCAAAAGGACAUUCAUUUUCAAAUUACCCAACUCUUAACUUUUGCCAUCAACAAGGCUGAACAUUUGGAAAAACGAUUGAAAUCAAACGUGAACUCUAAUUCCAACAACAAUUCUCUCUCUAAACCAAUUGCUCUUCAUUAUUUGUUUUACUUGUGCGAUAAAAUUGCAGAAGUUGGUGCUCAGCAAGGAAAAACUGAAGACGCUACAAAAUAUUACACGUUAGCUGCUGAAUAUGGAUUGGAAUUGAUCAGGAAUUACAAAAUUCCAUUCCAGUCAGAAGUCAAAACAGCUCUCUCAAAAGCAGAAUCACUGAAGAAAAACAACAAUUCGGAAUUAAUCACUUCUCCAAAACGAAAUAAUUCUUCCGAUAUUUUCAACCAAGCCAAACCAACUUGCCACCUUUCCGUUUUGACUGCACAAACAUUUUCUUCAAGCACCAUACCUUCCGUUCCUAACAAUUCCUCGUCAACGUCUCCAUCUCCUAGAAUUAUACUCAACAACAGUUGCACUUCUACCAUCUCUAAUUAUUCAUCACUUUCUGUAAAUUCCACCAGUACCACCACUAUUUUAGAACGUGCCAUAGUAAGCACAACAGUCAAUGGAUCAACACCAAAACCAACACCUUUAAAACCUCUCACUGAUGAAGAAAUUGAAGUUCUUAAAUACACCAGUGUCAUGGCAUCUGGAUUACUUUUAUAUCCUUGGAAUGAUGAGUUGGAUUUGAAUGAAAAUUUCAAUCUGCCCCUUCCCUUUGUAGAUACUCAACUUAAUUUUCAUGACGAUUCCAACAAACAUGUUUUACCUCUUUCCAAAGAACAAAGAAGCAAAUUAUAUGGUUGGCUGAGGCCUCAUGAAAUUCUUGCCUUACGAUCUUCUAAAAAUUCUCCUCAAUUAAUUUACAAGGAUGAAGUGAACGAAGAUAAUAUUGUACAGUCUCAUGUGGUCACUGAUUGUUCCUUUGUUGCAAGUCUAUGUGUGGCAGCUCUUUAUGAAAGAAAGUAUAAUAAGAAAUUAAUUACGAACAGUAUCUUUCCACAAAAUCCAAAAACAAACAAACCGUAUUACAAUCCUUCUGGAAAGUAUUCCAUCAAAAUAUUUUUGAAUGGAGUCGCACGAAAAGUGAUUAUUGAUGAUCGAUUGCCAGUAGAUUCUCAUGGAAAUUUAUUGUGCUCUCUUUCAUUAAAUCCUGAAGAGUUUUGGGUGAGCCUGAUGGAAAAGGCGUACAUGAAAGUGAAUGGUGGUUAUCAAUUUCCAGGAUCCAAUUCAGGAAUUGAUCUCUAUGCAUUGACUGGAUGGAUACCUGAAGAGGUUAAAAUUUCUAGAGGUCAAUGUACAAGUCCAACAAGUUUUACCUUCCAGGUUAAUGGAAAUGCUACAAACCAUCCAAACAACAAUUCUACUAAUAUGAACAAUUUUGAUAAGGAUUUAUUGUGGAGAAGGAUGUAUGACGGUUUUCAACUUGGAAAAUGUCUAAUUACCAUCUCUACUGGCCAUCUUGAAAAACAAACAGAGGAACAGCUUGGUCUUUACGCCAAUCAUGCCUAUGCUGUUCUUGAUGUGAGAGAGGUAAAAGUAACAAAUUCUUCCAAUAAUGGUACAAGCCCAACAUUUAACAUGUCUCAAAAUGUAUUUAAUGGCAUGUCUCCUACCACUCCAAGCAGUGGAGGUGUCAAGAAACUGAUCAAAGUGAAGAAUCCUUGGACUCGUAAACGAUGGAAGGGUCCUUAUUCACCCAAUGAUUUUGCAUCUUGGACAACACAACUCAAAAAGGAGCUUGAUUAUGAUAAUACCAUAGCUGGUCAACAUGAUAAUGGAGUGUUUUGGAUGAAUUAUGAAAGUUUAUUGAAGUAUUUUCAAACUUUACACUUUUCAUGGAGUCCAGAUUUAUUUCCUUAUACAGAAAUUCGUCACAGUUGUUGGGAUCAUCGAGUGGGUCCAAUCAGUCUUGAUGGAACAGAUCAUCAUACCAUGAACGGCAACCCUCAAUUUCGACUUAAACUCCAAGGGAAGGGAAGCGUUUGGAUCAUGUUAACAAAACACUUUACAUCACUGGAUGAACGUGAUCGAGAUUAUCUAACUUUUCAUGUUCAUCGCGGAAGCAGUGCAUCAGGAGAAACUGUAUAUAAGCAAGGAAUUGACAGAGUUUUCUAUAAUGAAAAUACGCUCAUUCACAAAGGACGAUAUAGUAACGAUCCUCAUUACAGAAUUUGCUUGAACUCUGAAGAUGCUGUGAAAAAGGUCACAAACGACAAGAAGAAAAGACCAUCAUCGAGUCUAUCAAAUUCUGAAACUCUCAACAAGGAUCAAGAUGCUAUUUUCAGAAUUGUUUUGUCACAACAUGAGAAAAUUCAAACCAUCAGAUAUUCCCUUUUCUGUUAUUCCACAGUUCCAUGUACAUUAGAACCCAUCCCUAGUACUUAUCGAUACUUCAAGGCGUACAGAGAUCAAUGGACACCCACAACAUGUGGAGGAAGUUGCAAUCAAAUUUCUACUUAUCGCCUCAAUCCUCAGUAUGUUGUUUCUGCGCCUUCUUCGUCAUCCCUCAGCGUUUCUCCAACUUCGCGAACAAGCCCAGUGAACGUCACAGGAGCUGAUAAGACCAAUCUCAGAUUCAGUUGCUCGACAGCUCAUCCUUUAGAUAUCAAUAUUAUGGUAUUCUCGAAUCAAGGACAACCAAUACUCUUACCUGCAAAAGAGAUUAUGGUUGCCAGUAGCGGUAAUUACCGAAGGUGUUUUGCAAUGUGCAAAAUAAGUAGUCAAGAAUUGACACACAUACAAAAGACAGAUGCUUUAUUUCCUCUCACUGUAGUGUUGUCCAACUUUUCAGGGUCCUUGGGCGAUUUUGAAUUUAGAGCAGAAUCCACAAAUCUUCCGCUAGAAGUUAGAAAAGUUGUGUAA